AUGGAAGAAGAGCAAGGCAUGGAUUGGGAGGUGGAGGUGAUGGAAGGAGACCAAGGCCAACGACCAAUGGAUUUGGAGAUGACGACGACAGGCAAGGAAUCUAGGGGCAUGGAUUGUGUCUUGGAUUUUAUUGAGGAGAACCCCAUCGGAGUGACCAUCUUCCCAGCCUCUCUCUCCGCCACCCCUUGUCGGUGGUGCUCUGAGCAACGGCGGCGGCUGGGUUCUACUCGACCUCAAGGCCUAUAUUGUCGGCGGCACAAACGCGACCACCGCCAAGGACUUCACGAGGACCGGCCACGAGAUCUAGGCCACCCUCCGAGAUCCAGGCCACCCUCCGUGUCGCCCACCCACCGCGUGUCUCACACCUCUGCAUCCACUACCACCCUCAAACCGGCUGGUUUUGGGUCGGAGCCCGUCAUCCUCACCGCCUGUGACGGCUUCGUCUUCUUCAGUGUGGCUAUCUACAACUCCUACCACUUCGAUGAGCCGACCUUGCAGGACUAUUUUGUUUAUCGGGUGUCGCUCUCUAGGAUGCACGGCCAGCCGUCGCUCACGCGCCUCCUGCAAAAUGACCCCUCCUCAGACUUUGCCCGUUGCAAUGUUGGCCUCCUACGCUGCGAUGAUGGCGGCGGCGACGACGAUGGCGGCGGCCUCAACCUAUGCCCCACUACAUUCCCUAGCAACACUACGUCAUCACCAGCAUCUGAGUUUCCCAAGGCAGUAGGGGUGACUACACACAGUAUGAUCUCUACCACUUCGACUCAAGAGAGGGGAAGUGGACCACCGAGGUGCUGCACCUUCUUCUACCACAUGACGCACAAGCUCCACUACAUCCCUCUGCCCGAGCCUAGCAGGCUUGAGCUACCGUCAAAGGCCUCCGCAGAUGUGUUCUGUGACAUUGCCGUCGACCAAAGUGGUCACAUCCGGCGCGUCGAGCACCAAAUAACUCAGGUCAGGCCGUGGUCGCAUAGCAAUGGCACGUACAUCUCCGACGACUGGACGGUCACCACAUGGAGCUGGAAGGUCACCAACCCCAACUCCGCCUUUGCUUGGGAGGGGUGCUGGGAGAGGGACUGCAAGAUCGUUGCUUCACACAUUUCACGGUCACUGCCUAAGCUGCUAGGGCAAGCUGCUUCUCUACCACCAUUGUAG